UUUGCUGGGGAAAGCAUACUCGUCAGAAACUCUCAUCUGUAGCGCGAGUCCUCUGUGGCAUGACGCACUGCCGUCAAGCGAAAAACUGGCAAAAUGUAACAUGCAAGUAGAAGCCAUACACCAUUUUCUGUGAAUGGUAGGUGAAGAAAGUGUAUAGGUAUACGUAUUUCGUGGGUUAAAUAUGAUGCGUAAAAUAGACGCAGAGGGGAAAUACCAAGAUCCGUGAAACUUUCUGCGCGUAAAAGUGAAAGGAAAAUCAACUUUGGGAGGUACAAAAUGUUUUUGAGUCGAACAGAAAAGGCGCAUUGAGAAAGUGCAAGACGCUAUUCUGUAUUGAUGACCAUCGACAGGCGCACAUUUAAGCGACGGCGACACAGACGGAAGAGAAAGCGCACAGUGAGGUAAAUAAUACAGGAUAGUGUGUGAACCCCACGGCUGGACAAGCCCUUUAGAACCGCUCAGCAAUCGAAUAAUAUCCCCACUGAACUUGGGGAAAGGGAAGACAAUGGGCAUCUAGCUUUACGCAGGACAACUGGCUGACCAUAUGCUUCAUCUCUGCUACAAGCGACAAAGAAGUUCAACCACACGUAUACUGUGUUUAAAUGAGAGAUGCUUCGUAUUGUUAUGGCAAACAACGUUAUCUAAAGGACGGUGAUAAAGAUACGCUAUCUAAAGGUCGGUGAUACAGAUAAAUACAGCCAGCUAAUGUGGCCAAAGCACUCUGUCAAUCUACCCCAGCGGCAACACGGCCGCCUUAUCUCACAGCGAAGCAGGAGACGAAAGGACACUUUCAGCGUUUACAUUUUCAUAUCUACCUCUUACCAAUAUGGGCGAGAAAGUCGACUCGAGUCGAUCGACUCCGGUGGAAGGCUGUCUGGUGGACGGGGAGAGCAGAAACCUCAGCGUGCUCAAUUGGGAACAAGUGCAGCGCCUGGACGUCAUCCUAGCUGGGUCCAUCCCCAUCCACGGCCGCUGGAACUUCCCUACCCUGGAGAUAAAACCGCGGGACAUCGUCAAAGUGGUCCGGUGUCGCAUGGAGGAGAAACGGAUACAUGUCCGAGAGGUCCGUCUGAACGGUUCCGCGGCGAGCCAUGUUCUACAUGAGGACAGCGGGUUAGGAUGGAAGGAUCUGGACUUGAUAUUCUGUGCUGACCUGAAAAGUGAGAUGGAGUUCCAGACGGUGAAGGAUAUAGUUCUGGACGCUCUGCUAGACUUCUUACCCGAGGGAGUGAACAAGGACAAGAUAACGCCAGUGACCUUAAAGGAGGCCUAUGUGCAGAAGAUGGUGAAAGUAUGUAAUGACUCAGACCGCUGGAGCCUAAUCUCCCUCUCCAACAACAAAGGCAAGAAUGUGGAGCUCAAGUUUGUGGACUCUCUGCGUCGCCAGUUUGAGUUCAGUGUGGACUCCUUCCAGAUUCGCCUGGACUCCCUUCUCCUCUUCUACGAGUGCUCCGAGCACCCCAUGGCUGACACCUUCCACCCCACCAUCCUGGGAGAAAGUGUGUACGGGGAUUUCCCCGCGGCCCUCGACCAUCUACGCAAACGCCUCAUCUGCACGAGGAACCCUGAGGAGAUUCGUGGUGGUGGUCUUCUGAAAUACUGCCAUCUGCUGGUCCGGGGUUUCUGCGCCGCUUCCGGAACCGAAAUGAAAAUUCUGCAACGCUACAUGUGCUCCAGGUUCUUCAUAGACUUCCCAGAGCUGGGCGAGCAGAGGAGGAAGCUGGAAUCCUACCUCCAGAACCACUUUGUGGGUCUCGAAGACAGGAAAUACGACUAUCUGGCCACUCUGCAUGGGGUAGUGCAGGAGAGCACAGUGUGCCUGAUGGGCCACGAGAGGAGACAGACACUGGGCCUCAUCUCCUCCCUGGCCCUUCGGGUCCUUGCAGAGCAGAACGUCAUCCCUAACACGGCCAACGUCACCUGCUACUACCAGCCUGCCCCUUAUGUGGCCGACAGCAACUUCAGCAACUACUACGUGGCCCAGGUGCAGCCUGUUUACCCUCACUACCCCCCUCCGCAGUACCCCCAUCAACAGUACCUCCAUCAACAGUACCCCCCUCAGCAAUACCCCCCUCAGCAAUACCCCAAUCCACACCAACCGCCUCCCCACCACCCCAUGUACACUGCAUGGAUGCCCUGCAACUGAGUGUGAGAUAGUGGACACACACAGUCACUUAUGGAACAAUGGAAUUCUCAUCCUAACUAAUGAAUGGAUCACAGGAUGAUGGUGGAUCCUCUCUUUAUUCAAAUAGAGACUCAAAGAGCGGCAUAUUUUUGCUUUGGCUAUGAGCAGGAUGGAGAGGAAAGAAGGAGAGAGGCCACUUGGAUGUGGUCUGAUCCUGGCGAGAAGGCUUUCCUCCAAGGCAGGAAACCAGCGGUGGAGGAGAGGAGGGCAAAAGGGAAGGGAGAAGGCCGACCUAAGAUGAGGCUGAGGUUGAACCCAGGAGGCCAGUUGGUCCAUGGCGACUAGCCAGUCCUAGUAGACCAUGCUAAACACCUUGCUGGACAACCAAGCACUACCACAGACAGAGAUAGGAACAUUUUACUCCCUAACACUCAUACAUGCAUAAAAACAAAGACACACUCUCACACACCAUACAGUGCAUACAU